AAAUGUGGGGGAAUGGCAAGAACCUAAUUUGGGUAAAUCCUUGGGUGUGUCGAGUUUAAGUGUAUCUAGUAUAUUACAUCCGUACACUGUACAUACACUGCAUGAUUCGAAGACUCUCGUUAACUUUAUUCAUUUCCAAAACAGACAUGGCGUUGAUUGAAAUUUGGAUGGCUUUGGUAAUGUUAGCAGGUACCACAAGCUGUACCCUUGUCACCCAGUUCUCCUCCAACACAACUAUUUUACUUGGUAGCGACGCCAAACUUUUAUGUACUAUAAGAUACCAGACGGAAGGAAGUAACGUGUUAUGGAAAAAGAUUGACCUGGGAUCAAACAUACUGUCAUUAAACAACGAAACCAUCUUCACGGGGAAGUAUGAAGUGGAGGAUCAGUACAAUCUAGUUAUCAAAAAUGUCCAGUUCCAUGACGAGGGCAUUUAUGAGUGUGACACCGGGGAACAGCGCCUAACCGUGGCGCUACAGGUGGCAGUUCUCAUGUCCAACAUGACGAUGCGCUGGGAUAUACCAACUCCUUUCAAACCCUACGCCUACGUCAACUUGACGUGUGUAUCUAUAAAUAGCCGACCCCCAGCGACGUUACGGUGGUACCGAGGUGUCCAUGAAGUGACUCGCUCUUCCAUUAACAAUGAACGAGUGACUCGACAAAAUGGGUAUGGUGACACCACAAGCACAUUAGUAGGUCAAGUUUCCUCAGAGGACGUGCCGUAUGUGUGCAUUGCAGACCUCCCCGAUAACCCACGUGUUCGGAGUGAAUUCUUGUUCCCUCCGAUAAUUGGCGCGGCAUGUCUUCCCGGAAGUGGAGUAGUUAUUGUUGUUUUUCUAGGACUUUUGUCGUAUCUACUGAAUUCUUGAAUAAACUGUACAUACACAUAACAAUACAAAACACGAUUGAACAAAAAGUUAGAACCAUUUUAACAAGGCCUUGGACUUUCAGUAGGACGUAACAAUCCAUUUCUUGUGUCAAAAAAAAUUAAAUAUGACGCAACUUCAAGUGAAAUAUGCAAUAAUUGCGUAGUCUUAGCUAAAAAUCCGGUAAACCUUGUUGAUUUCAAAGAGCCAUGACUGACUAGCCUGCAAUGAAAUAGACAGGCCUUCAUCACAUUGCAGUUUGACACAACUAGUCACUACCUAGAGUCCAAGCUCUUGUUAAAAUGGUUCUAGGAUCUCAUACAAUUAAAUGUGUCAUUUAUGCUCAUGUCUUUUUCGGCUGCGGUUACAUGUGAAUGCAUGUAUAUAUGUGUAGACACUUGAUUCGAAGUACCCUAAAACUGAAGGGUGUUGAAAAUGAGGUCAUUACAUGUACGUCAGACCACUUUCUUACGGUUUGAGAAAACGUUUUCACUACCUGAAAACAUAAAAACUUUUGUAUUUAUCGGUGUAAUUUGUAACAUGUCAAUUAAUUAAGGCGACGGCAUCAAUGAACAAAUAUCGAUCAGCUUUUUUUGACACACAUUAAAACACCAGGAUACAAAAACUAUGUAAUUGUCAUUAACAGCAGUUUAUGAAUAAUUUAUGUUAUCUAUAUAGUACACAAUUUAUAUAAAUAAUAUAUUAUAACAAUAAAAUUGGGUAAUUGCUAUCACGACGAACAAUGCAAUGUUUCCGAGAAACACAUGAUACGAUAUAAAGACUACCUU